AUGGCAGAUUACCCAGAGCAGUGCCUUGUUGCAUGCUGUAUGGAGAAUCGGUGUCCUAUUUGCAAAGUGAAUCCCAACCAUCGUGGAUCGCAUGAGGCCACUCUGCUACGAGAAACCAAGGAAACAGUUGUACUCCUUGCGAUGAAUGAGACGAAUUCCAAGGACAUGAAAUUCAAAGAAACUUACCAGGAAAUCGGUCUAUGUCCAAUCUACCCACCAUUUUGGGCUUGUCUACCUCACUGUGACAUCUUUCAGUCAUUCAUGCUGGAUCUGCUACAUCAACUGCACAAAGGUGUUUUCAAGGACCAUCUCGUGAAAUGGUUAGUGUUUGGAAGUCCGGUCUCGUGA